ACCGGUGGAGCAACCCGUCUCCUCCUAGAUCCCGCAAUAGUAGAAUGAUUUUCCGGUCAUGGGGUCCGGGGCCCAAAACCUGGGGUUCGAACCGGAAAGUUGGGCUUAUCAAGACAACCGCUCAAUAUACCUAGAAAGAGGUUUAUUAUUUUUGCAGAACCUACCUCGACAGCCGUGUAAACCACCGAAGACUCUUAUUAUCCACUUCCACAGCCUCAAACCCUCUCCCAUAGACCCCUCAUUAUGUCACGAACAAUACUCUUAAUCAACGGUCCCAACCUCAACCUCCUCGGGACGCGAGAGCCUCACAUAUACGGGAGCACGACGCUAACAGACGUAGUCUCGCAGGGGGAGGCGCAAGCUUCAGAGCUAGGUGUGAAGCUAGAAAACUUUCAAUCGAAUCACGAGGGGGCCAUCAUCGACCGGCUGCAUGAGGCGCGGGGGAACGUCGACGCCAUCGUCAUCAACCCGGGCGCCUUCACGCACACGAGCGUGGCCAUCCGGGACGCCAUCCUGGGUGUCGACAUCCCCUUCGUCGAGCUGCAUAUCAGCAACGUGCAUGCGCGCGAGCCGUUCCGCCACCACAGCUACUUCCAGGAUAAGGCCGUGGCUGUGAUCUGCGGCCUUGGUACCUUUGGGUACACCGCUGCGAUAGAGUUCGCGGCGAAGCAUAUGAAAAUCAAGGAUCGGCCGUAAGGAGUAUGAGGGUGGAAGCAGAGUGCCGGUGAGCAGGAAGGGGGGGUCGAUGAUAAGCCUGAAUGUUAAGCUGGUUUGGGAUGGGCAGGAAAGUAUGUGGUAUCGCGGACGAUAUGUAAUGAAACAAGAACUCUAAUACUAGGUGCCAAACUAGAUAUUUUCAACGUAUUUUACCAUUCUA